AUGGCUGGAUGGAAUGACUUACCUUCCGAAGUGAAGUUGAUAAUCUACGGAUACCUAUGUGACCACGAUAGCGAUCUUCUAAGACUACAUGGCAAAGAUUUCCUGCAUAAUUCUCAUUUGUCUGCAUACGCAACAGUAUCACUAGAGUGGCAAGAUUUCUUCGAGGGGCGGACAUUUAAAAAACUAACUAUAAAACAGUCAGACCUUCAUGAGUUCGGCAAAGUCCUUGUUCCGCGUCGAAGACCUUUUCUACGUCGCUUGUGGCUACAGGUCGAGCUUCGGUCAUUUUAUCAAGACUUAGACUUGACGGAGGAAAUUCCUAAAGAGCUUGACGAAAACGCUAAUAUCUUCUCGGAUUCGAUAGGGAAGCUAUUCACGAUACUUAAAGAGUGGGAAACUAGGGAGAAGACACAACCUAGAAAAUUAUCACUUACUCUUCUCUUUGACGCGUACUCACCCGAUGAUUCUCGUUCCUCGUAUCAAAGAUACAAUGCGAUGGAUUAUCCCCCUGGAAAUAAACCUCCGACUCCUAUAUAUCAAUGCAGCCAUCGAAGUCCUUCCAAAUGUUCGUGUUUUAGAUCAGAUAUCUGGUUUAACACGGUUCAUAAACCCUGGUUACUAAAUCGACAACCUCGUGAGUUUGACUUGAGUCAAAUCAGCGCAGAUUCGUCUCUUCGUUUACCGAAGUUGGACUUUGUUACAGGCUUUAUUAUCCCAAGGCAAUUCUACGCCAACAUACCUAUUCUUAGCCUCAUCGCGCAAAGCUUUCCGAAUUUGCAACGUAUUGGCUUUGAGCAAUGGCGCCGCGCCGCGAAAGACAACAUCGACGAUUAUACCCUUCUUCGCCAAGUCAUGAAAGCUUUGCCGUUUCGACUUCAAUGUUUCUCGGCUUUCCUAGAUACAUCUGUUAUGCUAUCGGUACGGAACAGAUUUUCCAGGAGUGAUAUUCCUUCCACACAUAUGCUACGGAAAGCAAGUUACCAGUUUUACAAGAUCGACGUGUCCUUUUUCAUGGAUGCCAGAUACUUCUUCGCUACCUUCAUGUAUGGAUUCUCGGGAAAUGAGUAUUGGCCGAAUUUAGAAAGGUUCUCUAUGACAUCCUCCCUUCUCAGCCCGGAUUCGAAUGAGGGCUAUACCAGUCUGCUCCUGGGUGUUGCGAAAGCUGCCUCACGCAUGCCUAAACUUCGCAUGCUUCAAAUAUGGUGGGGGUACGACGCUGAGCUUUGCGUAUUUCGCUAUACGAGAGACCAUGAAGACCCGCUCAUCGAAUGGGUACGAACAAACACAGCGCCUGAAGGCCCGGGUGAGGAAGUCCUAGAGGCUUGGCAGGAGGUUGCGAACAAGACUUGGUAUACCCCCGUACGCAUCAAACAGACUGUUAUAGCCGGUUUUGAGGCAAAAUACUUUCAGUCUGUCCAUCCUGUCAUCAACGGGGACUUUCGAUCAUGGUAUACAUAUAAACAGAGCUCCCUGUCUAUGCAGCUCUUUAAUGACUCAAGUCCGAUGAGCUGGAAGCCAAUCCGACCAAACCUUCAACGACUAAAAUUCCGACAAAAUGUCUACGAAAGGCGUCCGGAAAGCUACAUGGAAAGGCUCAUAUUCAUUGUCGUUGCCAUAUUUGGCGCUAGUAUUGGUCUUGUCUCCGACGUCGUUCGUUUUGGCCUUGGCUCUUCAUACAUGAUACGGAAAGCGAAAAGCGUUUGGAUGAAGAACUACAGAGAUCUCAAUCCCGUAGUCCCCGUUGGUCGCCGUCACGCAGAUGAACAAGGAGAGGAGAUCAAGAAUUGGUAG